CGGUCAUCCUCCUGGAAUACCAAGUGUUAAACCGUCAGUGUAUCUCUCACCUCUCUCUCCGAUGGACGGGUAUCCUCACCAAAGUGCAAAGUUGGUGUCAACAAGGCCAAAUAAAUUUUGUUAUUUAUCAAGAUCAAAGUUUAACUUAUUUUAGUUGAAAAAUAAGCCAGGAAGACGGAUAUUUGUGGAUUAAAUCGAACGAUUUAAUAGGCCUCUCGGUAACAUCCGAAACUACGGAAUAACAAUGUGGCGGUCGAUCCUGCUGAUAAGCCUAUCAAUAGGCGUCUGUCAAAGUCAAUUGAACUUCGAGGGGAAUCCCCUCACCGAAAAUACCGACUACACAGCUGAAGAGUCACAUUAUUCUCUGAGACACGACUCGGCUAAAUCGCAAAAGUUCGAUAAAACGAAUGUCAGUGGAGCCGACACUUACCUGGCAGCGGCAAAUGGUCUGUCUCCAGCCGAUAAUCCCCCGGAAAAUAUUGAAGGCGGAAUGAUUGACGUGAGAUCGAUUGCGCCUCAGCCGCAGCUCAUGAAUGUGAAUAAAGUGAAUCGAAUUCCGAGUACAAUGACCUUCGACGUGUCUGACAAUCGUCCAGUGAAUAGUUAUUCGAGUGCUUCGAUUAGUCAGAAUAAAACGAAGACAAUGUCUCGACAAUUGUCCACCGAUCCCCUGGACACAUUUCUGAAUUCCCGAACUCCCGAGGAAUCUCAAUUAGCCCUGGACACGUACUUGGAGAGCCGUCAUCAAUCGGAACUCCAAGCAACUCGACAUCCUCCCACUGAAUUGCAAAACAUUCAGACGACUUAUCCAAACAAUCAGGACAAUCAUAAUAAUCUGAACAUUCAAACGAAUGCACCUCAAUACCUCAGCAAUCGGUACACUAACAUAAAUACAUUAGAUAAUCCUCAGAAUAUUAAUCAAGCACAGUUACCUGGUAGUGCAGUGAUUCCUCAACAGAAUGGACAGAUCAUUAAUCCUCAAGUCUAUCAACCACAUCCAUUAGUACCAACAUGGCCUCAAAUGACUUUCCAGAGUAGACGAGACGUUAUACCAAUGGCCAGAAGACGACCCAUCCAUCAUUAUCGGGGUUUGCCACGUUAUCGAAAUAGAUACAGUGCACAAUCGAGAAUUGGACCGAAUUUCAUUUCAAAAUUUCCCAUUGGACCUCACGCUGGACCGCCGAUUUACCCUGGUGACAAGCCCAUCGAUGUAAUUUACACAAAACCACCGGGUCCCAGUCAUGCACCACCUGCAAUCGGCAAUCAUCUUGUUCCCUACGAAGACGCGAGUGAAUAUUUUCCAGAAAGUGAACAUCCACCGGUUAAUAAAGACGUUUAUUAUUCGCAGUUAUGGGCGCAGUCUUACGACCCCCAUUACUAUAAUUACAUCGCCAAGACGGGAAAAAUAAAGCCCUGGUUGUAUGGAAAACUUGGAAAACACGAGGACAAGGGAUUCUGGCAUGAAUUGUACGUCAGUUUUAAGAAACACGGUAUGAAGAAUAUGAUGAAUCCGAUGUUUUUACUCGGUUUAUCGAUUCCUGCAGUUACACUUAUGCUUAGUGCGAUGGUCGGAAAAAGAUCGCUUGGCCGAUCGGUUAAUGAUAGUAAUUAUUAUCUCAGUGAGGAGAAAAUUACGGAACUCGCGGAGAGAGUGCGGAGGGCUAUCGAGUGCUAUGAGAAUCAGACUGCGUGUUCAGAGUAGAUGGGGAGAUUAGCUCUAAUGGAUAGCAACAAAAAUUUUAGCGAGAUAAUUUCGAUACAGUGAUGUGGGGAUGUGAUGAAUGAUGUUUACUUGAAUGCAGUGGCAUGUGGAGGAGGAUAAGGGGAUUUGUACGCUCUGAUAACGUAUUUAUGGGUAGAAUUAAUUUUUUGAGACGGGCUCUUUCGAGAAUAGCUCCAAUUAAUUUGCAAUUUCAGGAGAAUUUUUACUUGAACUGAUUCUACUCAAUCGAUUAUGAGAAUUUUCUAGAGAAUUUCAAGAGAACGGUCUGUCAUCUCAGAACAAUACGCUGUACGAGUGACUGUAUUUUUCUAUCAGUGUCGAGACCUCUUUUAAAACUCUCUUUUGUAUUUACGCUGUAAGGACGGUCUUUAUAAGAAUUCCUUUCUUGGACUCAAUACUAUUUUCAAGAAUCCCUACUCGCGUAAAAAGGUGAAAUGUAAUAAGAUUUUUGAUUGCGUACUUAUCUUUGAAAUAAGUCAUUUGAACGGUAGACGCUAUUGGAAGAAAUGUCAAUAUCCAAUGGAAUUCAAUACGUGAUUUCCUCAUAAACUGAGGAAAAUCAAAAUUAUACUCUGGAGAUAAACCGAAAUCUAUGCAGCGUAACUACUAAACGAAUUUAACGAGCUGUUUCCCUCUUAAAAUUAGUUUUUUCAAAAUAUUUCAAAAUAUAGAGAAGUGGUGAGUUUUUUGGUGAAGUUUCUUUAUAAAAUUCAAUCUGUUAACUAAAAGUUAUGGGAAAUUCAAUAGCCGGGAAAUUGAUAAUACGUUUGCUGCUGGCGUAAAAAUUGCUAAUAAGCAUCGCCUCGGGUUAUCUUCUUAUCUCAUUGUUCUGCAGAUAAUGUUUGACUUGCUGGAGUCAAAACUGUUCUUUUCAUUUUAAGUAGGGAUAUUAUUCCGAAACUGCAGGAAUAAAUAUACAAUGCUGAGUGUAAAAAUUAUGGAGAUGUGUGGGGCGCUGCAACUGACGUAUCUUGCUCACGAAUUUACAAUAGAAUUAUUUUAAUCGAACAAUUGAAAGCGACCCGGAGGGUUCAUGAGGGCGUGGGAUCCAGACGGUAGCACUAUCCGAGAUAACGAUCUAUUAUUUAACCUCCCAGUUCGAGGUGGAGAGACACCAGUAACAUAGCACAAG